ACGUCAGCCCGACUGCCCACCAACUGCAUCUGUCUGCAUGACCUAGUUUCAAAACGAGGCGCGAACGUGUAAAGUUUGAGCUGGCGGCGUACAUUCCCCUUGGAUUUUGUCAAAUUUAGCAACGUGUUUCAGAUCCGAGUUCCACAGAUGGAUGGUCAUGAUGAAAGAGGGGCUUUGGCAGAGCAGCUGCGAGAGUCGGCAGCUAUUGGGAAUAUGGAAUCUCUGCAGAAACUGGUGAAUCAGGGUGUCGAUGUGAACGAUCAAAACAACAUGAACGGAUGGACAGCUCUUCACUGGGCGGCAACGCGAGGGCAUGCUACAAUAGUUUCCUUCCUUUUAAACCACGGUGCUGAUAAAGAAAUCAAAACAAAUAAAGGAGAAACUGCUGCACAGUUGUCUGAGAACCCAAAUGUAGUCAAAAUGCUUGGAGGUGAACCUUCCCAAGUUUCCAUCAAGAAUGAGCUACCAAUCACACCAAACUACAUUGCAAACCCAGUUUUUCCCUAUGCAACACCACCUGAGCAGAGACCUCCAAGCAGACAAAGCCAUAACCAGCAACAUCAGCCCAGCUCUACCAGAGAUUUACCCGUCACCAAUGGGCCAGUUGAUAAUGAAUUGGUACUUAAAGUUAGGGUGGCCUACACAGAUGAAAAAGAUUUCAUUGAGGUGGAGCUUGAGGAAUCAAACCUGACUUACGAAAGCCUCAUGGAGUUGAUGUGCAAGGAGCUGAAAGUUCAGAGAGAGCUAGUUCACAAGAUACGUAAAAUGCCAGACACCAUUGUAAGGAAGGACAAAGAUGUCAAGAGACUGAAAAACUUCCAGGAACUGGAGCUUGUGUUGACAAAUAAAGCCAUCAGCGCCAGUUCACGUACAUACAAAAUGCCACGACAUGAACAGAUACUUUAUUAAGUAAUUAGGCACGUUAUUUCGAUUUUUCUAUCAAAGUUGUAAUCAAGUUAAUAUUAAAAAUCCGCGUGUUGUUAGAAUAAGAAAACUACCUGAGAACAAAGAGUAUCAAUGAUACAUGUAUGUCAAAAGAUAUGUAGACCAUUAAAGUAGGCAUUUAAGAUUUUUUGUUCAAAACCGGAUUUAGAUAUAAGAAGAGGCAGUAGGAUUGAAAAAUCAAAUAUUUGUGGGACUUGUGUGGCAGAGGGAACAGUAAUUAGAAAUCCCAUUUGAAAUUAUAUUUAUUAUUUAAGCUACAGUAAAUUAAGUCAUUAACAUUACAAAUAUAUUAAACAAAGUUAUCCAGUUUAAAUAAUUUUCAGUGAAUAUUUUUGUACUUAAAGACUUAUGAAGUCAAAAAAGCAGUACUGUUACAAGUAGUCAAUAAGUUGCAUGGUGCUUUGUUCUCCAGAACAAAGGUCGUAGAUGAACCUUGACACAAUUUGUUGAAAUUUAAGAGACCAUAUUUGGGAUUUGUCUGGGGGUGGAAAUUUUUCUUGCACCUGCAUCACAUGCUUGAUACUAACCUACUUUUAAUUACCCUAUCCAAUUUCAACCUUUCCCUUCUCUUGGUACAAAAAAAUGAGGUUGCCUUGUCUACCUGAUGAUGGUAUAAAAUUACUAAAGAACAGCACCAUUAUUUUUCAUCAUUGAUAGAUUAAAGGACAUAACACGCAUUUGAGGAAUUUGCAUAUCAACAUCAUAAAAAAAAAAAAACUUCAAGAAAAUAUAUCAUGCAUUUUCUCUAUAAGUAAGUUUGAAAUGAUAUAUAUAUCCUGGUGCUUCUGUAUAAUGGUGGGGGUCUAUUGGAGAAGGUAAAACUGAAUAUACAAAUUUUGUAUAUGUGUAUGUAUGUUUAUUUACAUAUCAAAUCGGGAUUGCAGUCUAUCCAAGAACAAUAAUUGGUAUAAUGAAGUGACCUUUCAUGCUUAUUUUUUGUAUGGUGCCGUCUUGCAGGUGAAAGGGAAUACUCUAUAAGGUUAUGUACCAUAAUGAUAUGUUUUCAAGGUGAAAAGUGUAAGUUGAUAUAUACUACGUAUCAAAGUAUUCACAAAAAGUCAUAUUUGUUAUGUUCAAAGGAUCAUGUUGUACAUUUUAAGAUUGAAAAUAAUUGUUGCGAAUGGUUUCUGCUUGUACCAGUAUGUCUAGGAUUAAGUAUUUUUGUUUCAUUUAUUGAAGCCAGUAUUUUUCAAGUUUACAGGCAUAUAAAAAUCUUGGUAAUAUUUAUAUCAGAAAUAUGGGAAGGGUAUUUGCAAAGAUUUUUAUUAUUUUUAAGCUUUUAUCAGACUGUUAUAAACAGUUUUGCUUUUGUUUAAAAUGUAACCAUGUUUUGAAUUAACUGUAAGAUUAGUCUUCCAACAGUAAUCAGCUUUGUAUUCAGUUUGUACCCACUACACAUAUUAACUUGAAUUUUUGCACUUUUUAUAUUUAUUUGUACAAAACAUAAGUCCCAUGUUUUGUUGCAAGAACUAGAAUCUCGCCCAAUUUUGUGGAGUUUAAGUUGGUGCUCUAGUACUUAGGCUAAUUCUAUGAAUUUGUUAAUUUAUAAGCAUUGUUUGUCAGGAGGCACAAUAAAUUCAGAAUUUUAUCUUUUCA